AUGUCUCAACCUAACCAAGGGCCGAAUCUAAAAAAUGAUAUCAGAGAGAGAUCUAAGAUUAUCAAACAGCAUGAAGAUAACCUUAAGUUCCUUAAUUCUCAAUCAAAUCAGAUAGAUGAAUCUAUAUUUGACAUGCAAGUGAGUCUUGCAAAGUACCAUUCAAAUAAUGUAAUUACCUCGAAUUGUGGAAAUGGUGCCUUUCAUACCGAAGAUGAAACAAUGGAACAGAUAUUAAAGAAAGAGAACUCUGCUGCUGGUGUAUUUAGUUGGCUCAAAGGUAAUGCCCAGACAUCGAAUCUGACAUUAACAAAGGAUGUGGUGGGAGUUGUUGCAACCCUCGGCAAAGUUGAGAGCGAUAAUGUUAGCAGGAUCCUUUCUGAGUUUUUGGGCUUGGAGACAAUGCUUGCGAUGGUCUGCAGUUCCUUUGAAGGCAUUAAUGCACUGGAGAAGUAUGACACUGAAGGAUUGAUAAACUGUAAUGCUGGAUUGCAUGGUAUAGGGUCUUCAAUUGGAAAGAGAAUAAAUGGCCGGUUUGUUGCCAUAUCUCUUGAAGAUUUAAGACCCUUUGUUGGAGAUUUGGUAGCAGAUGAUCCACAAAAGAAGUUGGCCAUUCCAAAGCCAAGAUUACCCAAUGGGGAGUGCCCACCGGGUUUUCUGGAUUAUGCAGUGAACAUGAUCCAUUUGGAUUCAAAACAUUUAUCUUUUGUUACUGGCAGUGGGCAAGGUCUUAGAGAGACACUGUUCUAUGGACUUUUUUCUGGCCUACAAAUAUAUAAAACCCGGAACGAAAUGCUGCGUGCUCUCCCAUGCAUUGGUGAUGGAGCUUUGUCAUUGGAUGGUGGGAUGAUUAAGAGAGGUGGUAUGUUUGCUCUUGGUAGUAGGAAAGAUGUUGAAGUGAAGUUUCCUUUAAUUUUGGGAGGAUCUGAUGUACCUCCAAAGUACACUGAAACUGAAGAGGCAGUGAGGAAGCUGAAUUGGGAGAACUCUAAACUUAGUGCUGAUAAACACAGAGAGCAGCAAUUAUUGGAGUAUAGAAAAGGGAUGUUCACUAGGCAAACCUGA